GGUUAAAAAUAUAUAAAAACCAUGACAACUCAAAUACUAAUAAUAUAGUCAAGAAAAAUCAUGCAUGUGCUUUUUAUGAUUCCCUCAUAAAAAUGGACCUAUAAACCCAAUUUUACACGUCUGUUACUUCUCUACUCCACCACCACCUUUCCCUACUCUAACAUGGCACCAUCACCAUCGACGUUGACGCGGUGUUGCAUCAAUCUUCCACGGCGAAAGCCGCCACCUUUGUCGAUCGUGCCAAUAUGCUUAGCCUGUGUCACUAGCUUGCUCAUACUUCUUUACAUGUCUUUUACUUUUGAAAACUUCUUUCAUCUUGCCAAAACAAGUUCAUUGUCCUCAUUCUUUCAUGUUGACCCUCCGUUUGUAGCAACAGAUUUUAUAGACCACGAAUUAAUUUUUUCAGAUCAAAAUGGCCCUCUCAUAACUCCUCCUUUUAGUGAUGAUAAUCAUAAUUCAACUAUUAUUACAAUUGAAGAUCAUUCUAUUGUCAUUGAUAAUCGUCAAGCAAUUCCUAUAUUACCAGAGUUGACUUCUUCUUCAAAUGGACGACCCUCCGUAAGCAAGAAAAACAAGAACUAUGAAGAAGAAAUAUACCAUGACAAAGAAAUCUUCCAUGAGAACUACAAGGAAAUGAAAAGAAAGCUUAAGAUAUACAUUUAUCCUCACAAGAAAAGUGACCCUUUUGCCAAUGCCCUUCUUCCAACAUAUGAACAUUAUCAGCCUAGUGGUAACUAUGCAAGUGAAGCGAGUUUCAAAGAUGAACUCUUCAAGAGCCAUUUCAUCACCGAAAAUCCUUUAGAAGCAGACCUCUUCUACCUGCCCUUCUCCAUCUCAAACUUGAGGCACGAUCGAAGGGUCAGUGUUGGUGGUCUUCCAGAUUUCAUCCUAAAUUAUAUGACCAAUAUUACACACAAGUAUCCGUUUUGGAAUCGAACUGGGGGAGCUGACCAUUUUUAUGUUGCUUGCCACUCUAUUGGAAAGCAUGCAAUGGAAAAAGUUGAUCAACUUAAGAGUAACGCUAUUCAAGUUACUUGCUCAUCUAGUUAUUACCUUUCAAACUAUUUUACUCACAAGGAUGUGUCCCUCCCACAAAUCUGGCCUAGGCAUGAUGACCCUCAGGAUCUUGCUUCAACAGCUAAAAGGAAGAAACUAGCCUUCUAUGCCGGAACAGCCAUCGCGCCACUAAGGAAAACCUUGGUAGAAAGAUGGGGUAACGAUUCAGCAAUCCUCGUCCACGGUGGGAGGCUCAAAACGCCGUACAACGAGCAACUCCUUAGUAGUAAAUACUGCCUGCAUGUGAAAGGAUUCGAGGUGAACACAGCUCGUAUAGGUGAUGCAUUGUACUACGGAUGUGUCCCAGUAAUUCUUGCUGACUACUAUGAUCUACCCUUCAUGGACAUCUUGAAUUGGAAAAGCUUUGCUGUUGUUAUUACCUCCUCAGAUAUUCCCAACUUGAAGAAAAUUUUAAGAAGUAUUGGAUCUGAAAAAUACGCGGCUUUGCAAGCCAAUGUGUUGAAGGUGAGGAAGCAUUUUAUGUGGAAUAGUUCUCCUCUUGAUUAUGAUGCUUUUUAUAUGGUCAUGUAUGAGCUUUGGCUUAGAAGAAGCUCCAUUAGAGUAUUGUCUUAAUCAUCUUUUUAAAGCGUUUCUUUACUUGUGUACAUUUUGUGGUUCAUUAUUAUGAAGAUAAGGAUUAUAACCGUAGUGGUUAUCCUUACAUAAAUAGAGCUCGUGUUACAUGAA